CUCAGAAGCUCCGGUCCCGUCCGGAAGUCCCAGGCCCGGUGGAGCCGCUGCAGCCGAGCCGCCAUGUCGGACCCGGAGCCGCGGCUGGACGCCAUGUUGGAGAUAAUGGUCAAAGCGACGGUGACAGAAAUGAGCAAAGUUACGGAUGAGAGCAGUGACGUCUGCUCGGAGGAGAAGGUGAUCCAGUUCGGUGUCUUCAUGACGUCUCUGGCUCGAGAGGCUGUCGAGAAGAUCUGUCAACUUUUCCACGAAUGUUCGUCCCUGCUGCGUUUGGAGGUGUCACAGGGCGUGGCAGAGAUCGAGGAGCUGAGGCGUCGGCUGGAGGUGGCGGAGACGGAGCUGAAGCUGGUGCUGGAGGGCAGCAGAGGCCAAAAGGAGGUGGAGGAGCUGACUGAAGGGGGCGACAGAGAGAAGGAGGACAGGAGGACACCGAACAACGGAGCAGAAGGAGAAACGGUGCAGACGAGCCACCGCUCGGGGAGAAAGAGCCGCCGAGCCGUGACGACUUGUGAGACCGGAGUGAAACGGUCUCCGAUUCUUCACCUGUGGAAAGGCCGAACGUACGAGGAAAGUGUCCAGCUGGUUAUAAUAAAAGAGGAAGGAUUGGAGGCGGUCACUGACCAGACGUCUCCAGAUUCUGCUCAGUGUGUCGAGGAAGCAGGACAGAACGAUGGUGACGAUCCAGACUACCAGUUGGAGCCAGAAGAUCUGGAUGAAGGUGAGCCAGGAUCCACCACGAGACCUAAACGUGUCCUCAAGCCCAAGUUCCAGCGAGGGCGAGCGAAUAAAGAGAGUCAGAGUUCCAACCAGAAGCCUCUGAGCUGCAGACACUGCAGGAAAACCUUCACCAAGCUGCUGCAGCUCAAAGCUCACCAGGCCGUCCACGGGGCCAACGCAGAGAAACCCUUCCUCUGUUCUCAGUGUGGCAGAGGCUUCUCAUUCCAGCGCAGCCUCACCGCACACACGCUGCUCCACACAGGUGAGAGACCACAUACCUGUGAUGUUUGUGGGAAGGGUUUCACCCUGAAGCAGCUGCUGAGGAACCACCAGCGACUCCACGCUGAGGUCAGGCCGUUUCGCUGUGAGCAGUGCGGGAAGAGCUUCUACCGAGCCCACGGCCUGAAGAUGCACCAUAUGGUCCACACAGGAGAGCGGGCCUACAUAUGCCAGUACUGCAACAAGAGCUUCACCAUACAAGGUAACCUGCAGCGACACCUGCGCAUACACACAGGGGAAAAGCCGUUCAGGUGCGACACUUGUGGCAAAAGCUUCAACCAGGCCGACACUCUGAAAGGCCACCAGCGGAUACACACCGGUGAGCGUCCCUUCAGCUGCGACACCUGCGGAAAGUGCUUCAUCCAGAAGAGUGCCUUGAAGAUGCACCAGAAGACCUCCCACUCAGGGAAGAACUCCCUGGCCUGCGUGGCCUGUGGCAUGACAGUGGCCUGUGUGGACUCACUACGCAAACACCUCCAGACGCAUGCAGCAACUAUUCCAUGCACAUGUGUGCUCUGUGACCAGCGUCUCAGCUCCAUCACAGACCUGCGCUCGCACCAGCAGCACCACACAGUGGACAGGCCUCACAGCUGUGGGCUCUGUGGGAAGAGCUUCAAGUCGUCCAGUUACCUGAAGAUUCACAUGAAGACGCACAGCGGAGAGAGGCCGUUCUCCUGCGACAUCUGUGGUCGUAUGUUUACACAGCACAGCAGCCUUAAAUCACAUCAGGUGGUCCACACCGGAGAAAAGCCGUUCAGCUGCGACACAUGCGGCAAAUGUUUCAGCAACACAGGAAACCUGCACCGUCACCAGCGCAUCCACACGGGGGAGAAGCCGUUCAGCUGUGACACGUGUGGACGCAGCUUCAACCAGGGCAACAGCCUGAAGGCCCACCUGCAGAUCCACACCGGGGAGAAGCAGUUCAUGUGCGACAAGUGUGGGAAGAGCUUCUCCUACCUGAGGAACCUCAAGGACCACAAGUGUUUCUACGUCUGAUAGAGGAGACGCCUGCCCUGGUUGUGGAGCUGAUGGCGUAAACUUCCUUUUGACUGAUAAACAAGUGGAUGGAUGAUUUGGGGGGAAACUGAAUGAUUUUGGUGUGAUUUUCAGAUUUGAUUUGGUUUUGUCCUCAAGGAAAGUUAUGUGGACAUUGCAGUGAGGAGCUUAGACUGUAUAUAAAGAUGUGACUGCUCCAAAAAGUGAAGCCAAAUCAUCUUGAUCACCUCCUGGUGGCCGGCUGCAGUAUAGUUCAUAAACACUGUCGUCUCCCUUUCUGUGGAAGGACAUGGACCGAACUGAAAAGUCAAUGUACACUUUUUUCUCACACAUGAUCGUUUCAGGUGGUUCUUAUCACACGGAUGUGUAAGUGUAAUGUUUUUAGUAAAACAUGAUGAUUGACAGCUGAGUUGACCCAUUAGUUAACACAAGAAGUGGACAGUGUGUGUAGUCCACCACUUUUUGAGUUGUGAUACUGAAAAACUAAGAUUUAAAAGCAACAUACACAUGGAAACAUACACAUAAUAAUCCUAAAGUCAUCGAAUGAAAUGCUGAUAACCUACAAGAGUUUGUUUUAAAGGGAUAGUUCAUCCUAAAUAGAAAAUACUAACUGUCCUUUUAAAUUAAAUGAAUGGACUAACCUCUUAUUUCUGUACAGAGUAGCAGAGUUAAUGUGAAUUUUAUAUUUUUGUACCAAUGUCUGAUAUAAUUAAUAAGCUCUUAUUUUUUGAGGGAUGAGUUUGUUGUCCACAGGAUCUAAAUCUUAAAGCCCAGAGUUCAUUGUGGCGAAAUGAUUUAAAAUGUGUUUUCAUGACUUUCAGUGACCUGGUUUUGCUUGAGUGGAGUUAGCAUGAACAAACAACAUUUUAUUACAUUUAACUUUUUCCAGGAUGCAUAACCUUUUAAACCACCUUAAUUCAAUAGUCUACAUAACAACGUUUAAACCAACCUCAAGGUCUGUCUUUUUUUAAUACUCAAUAAAAACAAAUUCAGAUGAUAAA